AUGUAUGCUAAGGAUGACCGCAAAUUCAACUCCUUCUGUGAUGAGGAUUGCUUCCCCUAUUACCGAGAAAACAAACAGGGUUGGCAAAAUUCCAUUCGCCACAACCUCAGCCUGAAUGACUGCUUUGUCAAAAUACCUCGCGAUGAGAAGCGACCGGGUAAGGGCGCCUUUUGGACCCUCCACCCGGCUGCUCAUGACAUGUUCGAGAAUGGUUCCUUCUUGCGACGCAAACGACGCUUCAAGUCGUCCAGUCCCAAUGCACACGCUGGGCGAAAACGGACCGUUAGGCAGGCGGGUCUAGAGGCCGCUGACAAGCCUCCUGCGUCAGCCAAUGAAUUUGGCGGCGGGGGGGAGGGGGAAAGCCGUCAAGCGGACCUAUCCACUGCGGGUACAACCUCGCUCUACGACAGUUUACAGCUUCAACAGAUUAGCCUAACGCAAAGUCAUCAGUCAGACAUGCUGAACUGCGAGAGGUUGUGUCCCGACUGGACUGAAGAUCAUCGCUAUCGUCAGAGUACGAGGAGUGGAAAUGAGGAGGGGGAGGUGCAGAAUGUGAAUCUGCAAGAUACUGCGCAGGAUAGACCCCCAGAGGAAGACAACUACUCACCAGUGCAUUUCACUGUGCAGAAGGAAGCCUACUACGAACAUGGAGUGUCUGAGUACAGAGAGACGCCGAGGCAGACCGGUCUACCCUGGGAUAACUACGAAAUUGCCCACUCCUAUCCCCCGCCACCACCACUGCCACCUCCGCUCAUGCCUGCACCCUACCUCCCUCUUCCUCCUCCCCCCGAACCACCGGCCUGGAUGGGCACAACGAAUGUCUUCCCGCCACCGUACACCGCACUCAUUCCUCACGGGCUAUAUCACCUCGAUUAUACCUGCAUGCCGACGUCUGGUCAACAGGCGUCCGGUGACGCCCAAUCCCCCGCUCCCGUGACCGCGGAA